GUUUCAUCUAUUGACGAAUUCGAAAUGAAUGAAUCUGAAAUAUUUAAUGAUGCCAUCCGAUUCCAACAAUUGUAUGUUUGUCUUUUAGAUUUGGAUCCUUGUAUAGAUGUAACAUGUCAUUAUCACAGUCUGUGCAAGGCUUUUGGACCUAAUGAUGCACGCUGUGUGUGUUUGGACAGCUGUCCAACUUACAAAGAACCCGUAUGUUCAUCCAAUGGCACAACAUACGACAACAAAUGUCUGUUUGAACAGGAAGUUUGUCUCAAUCGACUAAACUUUACCGUACAACAUCCUGGCAGCUGUGAAGGUCAGCAGUUUCGUUGCCUUUUUUGUAGUGGCCAACGUGCACCUUUUCACAGAAUCCUGUUAACCUUGUUGGACUGAUAGUGAAAUUUUCUUUUACUUCAUUUCCGUUUACUUUCCCAAUCUUGGGCGCGAAUAGUUGCUGCGCCAACAAGGGAUUUAAGUUUGUUACUAUAAGCCUAUAAAUAAUCUUUACAACUCCUUUUUAGGAUUUCCUCUUCAGCGUGGUCGCCUUCACAUGGCCCAUAUUCCAUCUCUGGGUUAUUCUCACUGUCAAGUAAUUCGUUUCGAGCCAUUUGUGUUUUAUCCUGACAAAUCCAUUGAAGUGCAGAUAACUGUCAAUCAUAUGGAUACCACUGACAAAUCGUAUGUCCAUGACGCGGCGGUAUCGUGGAUUGAAAAUGUCAAUAACGGCGGAUUUACUGCCUGUGUGAUGGCAGCCGGAUAUAACGAACGAACGUCGUAUGCUAACGUGACAGUUGAUUGGAUGGCGUAUCAAGGUGCUCCAAUGGGUGGCGUGACUGGUGAACUGCGCAUGUCACAGUGGUGGACAGGGACGACUUGUGCAACUGUCAAAUUUCCCACUGUAAGUUGCCCUGAUCUAUUUCUGAACGUUCUCUUUUUCAAAGCUUUUAUGGUUAUAAACAUCAUUCACGACAGCUGAACGUUUGGAAGUCUUGUCAAAUUACAGUUCAGGGUGCUUUAUAGUUGUGAGAAAAUGCUAAACAUUACAAUAGUUAAUGAAAUGGAAUAAAAUAUAUAAAGUGAUCGUUCUUUCACUAAUUAACCACAUUUACUUAUCUAACUGUGUUCGAAGAAGUGAAACAUAACUUUCAAACUGCCGCUUUUAAUAACUUUGCUGAAUCUAUAAAGAUCACCAUUCUUUCUUUGAAUUGUUAAUAAAGUAGAUAAAUAAAAAAAUAAAGAAAUAAAUAAGAACAGAUUAUAAUAAUAAUUUUAAAUAGAAGCAUUUUAUCAAAAUGACAAUUUUUCUGUGCUAUUUGCAGAGGAAAUUUUCAGUCAAACCUUCAGUCUUAUAUUUUAUAAUAUAUAUAUAUAUAUAUAUAGAGAGAGAUUACUUCAUGGUUGGUGAGUGCGUACGAUUUUUAUUCACGAGUUGUGAAGAAUCGAAAACGAACGAGUGAGCGCAGCGAACGAGUGAGUUUGCGAUUCUUCACAACGAGUGAAUAAAAAUCGUACAAGCGAACCAACCAUGAGGUAAUUUGUUUAUUAUAUAUGUACUGAGAUAUUACAAAAUAAUGUUAACAACUAUCAAUUGCGCGGUGAAAUCAACACAAAGACCACAAAAGUGCUAAAAUUUGCCGCUACACACUUACCGCAAAAUGACAACGAAAACGAAGUAUCAGCAUUUUAGUAAAAACGUUUGUUAAAAACAUAAAUGACGGUGAGGAUAUGAGGUAAUCCAAGAACUAUAAGUAAUCUUAACUGUUUGUUCUCAAUGUACAAUUGAAAAUGAGUGAAUUUAAGUAAAAUGGCCGGUUUCAAUAUAAGCUUAAGCUUAAAUGAAAGGCAAAGUAGCUCCGACAAAAAGCACAACAAAAGCUUACGUCUCAUUCUGUUUAUCCCUUUCCGCUGUUGUUUCCCCGGCUCUCUACCGUUUUCUUUAUCGACAGUGAAACAAACGAAACUAUUCUACUCCAUUUCUGAAAUGUUUUUCACUUUUUUAGCGAGAAAUACUAAAAAAACUUUUCUCGUUGAAUGUGUGCGAAGCAGCGCCGCAAGCUGCAAUAAAAGGCGGGAAUUUUGGCGCGAAACUCACACACCUCUGUGGCUUCUGAUUGGACGUAUCAUUUUUCUCACACGUGAAAAAACAUCGUUCGCGAUUCUGAUUGGACGUAUCAUUUUUUUCACGUGUGAAAACCAUCGUUCGCUCCUCUGAUUGGCUAGAACUAUUUUGCGUACGAAAAUUUACGACAUAGCUUUUUGGUGAGUAUUUCUCAGUAUGUAUAUAAUAAAUAUAUAUAUAUAUAUAUAUUUUUUAUAAUAAGGAUAAAUGCAGAGUACGCCAAGCAUUUUAUCAGAAUGACGAUUAUUCUCUGCUAUUUCACAGGGGAAAUUUUCAGUCAAACCUUCAGUCUUUGUGACGUCAAAGCAUUACAAUCCAGGACUAAAACGUGACGCUGCAAGUGUAUGGAUUGAAGAUGUAACAAAAUCAUCUUGUAAAGUUUGUAUGAGAGAACUGCAGAAUUAUGCUGGAUCGCACCGAGAUAUUUUUGUGGUAAGUAUAAUGUAUCCUUAAGUGAAUGUCAAACAUGGAUCAUGCCUUGGGCUGCCACGGGCUUUAUAAGUUACAGGUAAUUCUACGGAUACCCUUAAAAAGAACAGCCCGUAGUUAUCAUAGGUCGAGCAACUCCGCAAAUUCAUCUUAGAAUUAGUUAGUAAAAGGCGCCAUUCUUCACCUUCACACCUCAUGCCCAUUGCUUUUAUUAUUUAUCUAUGCAUGCCGGUCGAUUAACGAGAAAUAACGGGUUGUUGAUUUUAUUUUCAGAAUUGGCUGGCCUUUUCGGAUCUUCCCAACCCUCCCUUUUCAGAACAUAACUCGAUCUACUUUGCAAAUGAUAAACCUCCCAACAGCAGACAUUAUAAUGUAUUUUGCAAGGUCAGUAUGAGUGUUUGAGUUUGAAUCCAAAUCUCAGUGAAAAAGCCGUUUUUUACCAUCUGAUGGUAGUUAUCAAAUUUUACUUUCAGACCAUUAAAGCGAAGCUGUUUAACCUGUAAAAGUCUUAGCAAUAUACAUAAUACUGACAAUUCCAUAGGUCACACAUUCGCUACUUCUAUACCUCAGUCACCUCUAUAAUGGAGUCUGUCCAUUUGGUGUUUGUAUGCAUUGAAUAGUUUUAAGAAUUAAAUGUAAGUAUUCUGUGAAAGGAGAAUGAUAGAGUAAAAGCACAAAACCCAUUUGACUGGCAAUUUCAGGUUAUGAAAGGUUUAAAGUUUAGUUGCAGCCUAUGUUUCAAAGGGCUUCUUGUGCCGAGCUGAGUGAAUUCAACUAACUGGUUGGCCUCAAAAUCUGUUUCGUCUUUCUGUAUUUGUUUCACAGAUUUGAGCUUCUCAGUUUGGAAGUGUACUUUACGUAAUGCCAGCCCAGUUUAUUGUAAACGUUGAUAUGGCGCGCUUUUCUCAAAAUUUUAAACUCAAAGUUAAUAAUUAGUUAAUUCACGAUAAUCUCAAAAUCGCCCGGAAAACAAAAAGACCUCCUUUUUCAAAGGUGGAGCAAAGCCUAAUCAAAACUGAGGUUCUCAAAUUUCACUUUAUUUCCUUUUUACCCGUCUCUAGUCAAUGACACUUUAAGGUAGUAUCUAUGAACAGUAAAGUAAGAUUUAGUCAUCCAGACUUACCAGAGGAUUCUAUCAAUACAAAAAAAAAACUGUUGGACUUGGAAGUAUUCUCUGUAGUUAUUUCUUAAUUAAUGAAUUAUCUGUCUCUACAACUUGACUGUAUAACCUCUAGAGUGAACUAAAAAAAGAGGUGUGCGAAUUAGAAGAUAUCUUGUUAACAAUUCCCCUUCAAGUUGAAAUAUGUUCUUUACCUUUUAUAGGAGGCAAUCUUUGCCAAAAGUUAUAACACAACGCCACACGUCUUCGUUUCUGCUUCUCACUCGACAAAAGGAGGGAAUCAAAGUCCAGUUCAUAACAGUAUAGCUGCCUGGGUAGAGGUUGGUAACUAGUGAUGUCAGGAUAUCAAAUUUCAUAUUAAAUUAGUAUAGGUAAUAGCGUGAUUAAUAGUGAUAUUUGGCUUAAAUACCACGCGUGAUAUUUAAUCGAAAUUGCUAUACGUAAUUUUUCUAAUAACAAACCGAGUUUUAAACUUACCCGAGUGCCCCUUCUUCUUCUCCACAAUUCAGUUUUUUCGCUUCACCUUCCUUUUUUGAUUUUCCUUUCAGUACGAAAACCACCACCACAGCCUCCAGAACCACAUUUUCAUUGUUUUUUUUCCGGUCCUCCUCCACCAUCACCACAACUAUUGUUUUCCCACCACCACCAUCUUUCUAUUGUUUUCACUCUUCCUCCUCAACCACCACCACCACCACCACCACCACCACCACAUUCCAAUGCUUAUUUCCACCACUACCACCACAUUCCAAAGCGUAUUUUAGUACUAAUGUUUAGUGCUUUUACAUACAGUAUAUUAGCAGGAAAGGAUUUCGGGUUUGUGUCAAAGAACUGUAUGAGGCAAAAUACGACCCACUCUUCAUAUCCUACAUAGUUUUGUCAGGUAAGAACUUUACUGCAAAAAAAAAAGAUUUUUUGCGGUAUAUCUUUCAAUAUUGUCUCUUAUUUGUGACUCCAUGCCGUGAUUUAUACGCACAGAUAUCUGUCCAGAUGGAUGGGAUUACUUCAAUGGAUACUGCUAUUUAACGAGCACUGUAUGCGCACCUUGGGUGACUGCUGUGUCCAACUGUUCGGCUAUGAACUCACAUCUGGUAACAGUGCACAACCAAGAGGAAAAUGUCUACAUACAGCACCGUCACAAUGGCGAGCGAUCAUGGAUUGGCCUUAAUGACCGAAGCGUUGAGGGAUCGUUUGUGUGGACAAACAAGGAAAUAAUCCGUUUUCAUUACUGGGCCCCGCAACAACCAAACAACUUGAAAAACGAGGACUGUGUCCACGCCCUUGGUGCAGAGCAUGGCUACACUUGGAACGACGUGUCAUGUGAUAAAUGCUAUAACUAUACUUGUGUUAAAGGCAAGUUUUGAGUUACCAUAGAAAUACUACAAAUCCAAACCUUUUUCACCAAUAACGAGGUUUGAAGAUCAUUUCUGCAGUAGUAAGUUUUAUGAUAAUUUUAUCGCCGUGUUGUUGAUCAGAAUUAUAUAAAGUCUGCAUUUUUAUGUAGCAGUCUUCCAGGCGGUAGUCUUAAUAUUUAGGUACUCCAAAAAAAAUCUUCAUGUGAAUGAUAAUACUGCUACCAAGUAAGAUCACGGUGAUAAAUUGGUCUUCAUUGACUUUUGUUGUCUGCUGCAGAGAUUGACGAAUGCAUCAGCAAUUAUCACAGGUGUGAUCCAAACGCUGCUUGUCAGAAUACCGUGGGCUCAUACAUUUGCACUUGCAAAGCUGGAUUCUAUGGAAAUGGAAAAAAGUGCUCUGGUAACUAUCACAAUUCUUUUUUUGUUUUCCCGACCUUUGCAUUCUGGUUGGCUGUUGAGUUAACAUAUUUCCCUUUUAAGGUAACUAAGGUACUUUAUUCUUAUCCAAUAUGUAUAGAUCAGAACUUACCAAUAAACUAAAAACUAACUAAGAAUUACAAUGGGCAUUCUCGGUCUUCGUUUUGACAAUUAAUUAGGCUCAUAGAAUAUCUGCUAAUAGCACGUUUAGUGUCCUAUCGACUCCUUCUGGGCUCAGGUUUGACAUUUAAUGUGAUAUAUCAUCAAAUUGAGUGGGACUCUGCGACAUGUAUAAGGUAUUCUACAGACUACUAUCAACGUCUUACUUUAGAAAGUUGGUUUACUAACUUAGAACAAACGCCACUGAAUCGUAGCCAACAAUUGCCAGCGCCGUACAAACGACUUAUUGACGAGAUCAAGCAAAACUAACAACGAGAGAACGACUGGAGAACUGACAAUUUAACUAAAAAUAAACGGCUGUUUAACUGUGACAAUAGACGGAUCGAAACGCAUCAAUUGCUUAUUACGAGACUUCAUAGCCAAUAACAUCACGGCUUAACUGACAGACGACCAAUAACAUCGCGACGUAAUUGACCAAUCAGUUCAAUAACCAGAGUAUAAUACCAUCAACUGACGUGAUACAACUCACUUUGACUCUGAAGAUGACUACCGCACAGGUUGUCGAAACGUCAGUCACUGUCAACAACAACGGUUCACCCGGACGAUCAAACUCAACCUACUUUUGAUAUAUAUUUUUGUUCAACUUGUCAGUUGGUUUAAACUUAUCAUAAAUUGCCAUAAGUCAAAACAAAGUAAUAAAAAAUUAUCAGCGCUAGCACAUAAUUUGCUUAGUCAGGAUUCACUGACUACUCAGAUUAUCAUUUGUUUUCUCCGUCAUUAGACAUUGAUGAAUGCAGCAACAAAACCCAUAAGUGUGAUGUGAAUGCAGUCUGUAGUAACACUCAAGGGUCUCACAACUGCACCUGCACACCUGGAUACUCUGGAGAUGGAAAGAAAUGCAUUGCAGUUGGUAUGCAGCAUCCCCACAGAAUUUCUAUGAUAUUGUCUAUAAUUAUUUUAUACUGUUUAGUACGGAAAGCUGGUUCAGUUUACGAAUAUUUUGACUAAAUAUAGACAGUCAGGCUUAAUUUGGUAGGCGUUUAGCGCCAUUAUUCUGGGCCUGAAUUUUUUACACAGUUUCUCAUACAGCUUGCAGUACAGUGUACAAAAAGCAGAUAUUAUUGUUGACUCUAUAAGUUGUAAAGUAUCCAUAUCCUGUCAAAUGUAGAAUUAACACGCAGUGCUAAUGUCAUGUCUUCCAGCGAAGAACUGUGCUGAACUGUACAAAGCUGGAAAGCGAUCAAGUGGAGUUUACAAGAUCGACCCAGACGGUGCUGGUGCCUUUGACGUGUACUGUGACCAAACAACAGCCGGUGGGGGUUGGACAGUGUUCCAAAAGAGAGUAGAUGGCUCGGUUAAUUUCUACCGCGGCUGGAACGACUACAAAAAGGGGUUCGGAAAUCUGAAUGGCGAGUUUUGGCUCGGACUGGACAAAAUUCACCGCCUGACAAAAACUAAAAACAAACUUCGAGUGGAUCUCGAGGACUUCAACAGAAACACGGCUUAUGCUGAGUACAGCUACUUUGCUAUAACAGACGAGAGAAGCAAAUAUAAGCUGAGUCUUGGAACUUACUCCGGUAAUUAUAUUACUUACUGGAUUAAAAAUGGAGUUCGGGGAAACGCCUUAUAAAGGCCUAAGGUAAUGCUAAUGACUUUGGCAUUUAAGAAAUAAAGACUCACCACAGAGAUACAGUUAGUCCCUCAUACAGUGAAGUAUGUAAUAAUCACACAGCUAUCAUAAAAUUAGAGUAAAGAAAAUUAAUAUAAUAUGGAGCGUUAGAGUGAUUUUACUUCGACUGACCAUGAAACGGAUUCAAUGCGUCCCGCUGUUUUUAGAUCUCAACCAUCGUAAAAUCAUUGUUAUGUGGAGAUACAUUCAAGGAAAUAUCGUUUCUUCGAAUUUUAUUUUCCAGGAAAUGCUGGUGACUCGCUAGCUCGUCACGGAGGCUACUCUUUCUCCACUAAAGAUCGAGACAAUGACGGCACUUCUGGUAGCUGUGCUACAAGUUACAAGGGGGCCUGGUGGUACGAGAGCUGCCAUCAGUCCAACUUGAACGGCCUCUAUCACCGCGGAAGACACUCUUCAUUUGCUGACGGUGUUAACUGGUAUCACUGGAAGGGAUAUUAUUACUCCGCUAAACGAGCUGAAAUGAAACUCAAACCAGUCAACUUCUAAACCAACAAACGGCGG